ACGGUGGAGGAAUGCGCAUGCGCAGUUCGACGUUAAAGGUAAGUCUACAAAAGGUCAUUUAAGAAGAAAAUGUCAGUUUUCUCCGAGUCGGCUUUGGAGAAAAAAUUGGCAGAACUUAGCAACUCGCAGCAGAGUGUACAGACCCUGUCUCUAUGGUUAAUCCACCACAGAAAACACUCGAAAACCAUCGUCAAAGUCUGGUAUAAUGAGCUGAAAAAGGCUCAGGUAUCUCGUAAACUGACCUUCCUUUAUCUUGCAAACGAUGUCAUCCAGAACAGCAAAAGAAAAGGGCCAGAGUUCACCCAGGACUUUGCCCCAGUUAUUGUUGACGCCUUUAAACAUGUCUCGAGUGAAGGAGAGGAGGGCUGUAAGAAGCACCUGGAACGGGUUUUGUCUAUCUGGCAGGAGAGAGCCGUGUAUGAGAGCGACCUCCUGGACAAACUCUCGGUAGUGCUACAUGGAGAAAAGAAGGCCAAGAAGCGACCUUAUGAGGAGAUUAAAGUGAAAGAUGAUGACUUUGCCUCCCAGAGCUCUCCAGCAAAUCCACCACAGACAGCGGAUUUGAUCCGAGCACUACAGGAGUUGGAGAAUGCAGCCUCAAGUGACUCCGCCCUACGACAGAGGAUCUCUGCUUUACCCCCAGAGGUGCAGGACUCGUCCCUGCUGCACAGAAUCACAGAUAAGGAGUCAGGAGAACGCUUAUCCAGACUGGUAGAGGAGACCUGCAUGCUGUUAGCAGAUUACAGUGGGCGCCUGGCGGCCGAGAUCGAUGACCGACGGCAGCUUACUCGGUUGCUUGCGCUUUUUCUGCAGAGCCAGCGGGAUGGCCUGGCCAAGAAUGAACAGAAACUAGAAGAGUACAAGCGCAAGCUGGCGCGAGUUACCCAGGUACGGAAAGAGCUCCGGUCUCGCCUCAACGGCCUCCCAGAUCUUUCUCGGCUUCCUAACGUAACAGGUGGCCAUGUACGCCUGCCUUCCUCUGGUGAUCUCUACAGCCCUUCUGAUUGAGCUGGACUGCUGAGCCCUCUUUUUUUUUUUUUUUGUAUCUUAGUCUUGAGCUUGUUCCCAACACUUGAUUUUGUCGUCCAUUACCCAUCAUUCUAUCAGUAUGUGGAUGUGUCCUGAAAUAGAAAUAGGGUUUCAAUGAGUGGCUUAACCUCUUUGAAGCCUUGACUCAACAUGGUUUGGGGUUUUGUUUUUUUUUUUGUUUUUUUUUUUGCAAAUGUUACACUAGCCAUGUUUUAAAAAGCUCACUGGUACUUGGCCACCUUUGUCACUCAGCCUUGAGUGGAGGCUUCGCACAACAGAAAACUCGCCGCUUCAUUCAGUGGCAUACCAUCAGUUUGGUAUUGACGUCACGUAUUUUAACCUCUCGGUCACGGUGGAUGUUGUUAGUCAGACAUGUUUGUUUUUACUAUUCCCUGCUAGCUUUAACUAAUUUGCUCAUAUUGAAGUCAGACCCUUUGUGUUCUGUUUUGAGCUACACCUGUACUAUAUCCAGGAGAUUCCUCUUAUGCUUUUCAAAUCGCCAACUGCUAGAACUGCUCACUAGUACUUGAGAUUUGCUGUGAUACUAUUUUUGUAUGUCUGUGUGUGUGUGUAUAUAUAUAUAUAUAUAUAUAUGUAUGUAUGUAUGUAUGUAUGUAUGUAUGUAGUGAAUUUUAGUGAAUUCACUGGAGCAUAGAUAUAGCUUGUGGGAAACAAAUCUUCAUUGCAGUAUCUUAUAUUAAAAUCAACUGCAGUAUUUUAUUAUAGAAAUGUUGAAAUAUUGCAUGUCCAGGUCUGAAAGAGAGAAGGAAGUGCUGUAGUUGGUAGUUUCUCCUAAAAUACUGCAGGGGAUGGUUGCAUUUUUAAGUUCAGUGCUCAGUUUAGCAUUAUUGCUCUAACGAUGCAUGAAAACCAUGCAAUAUGGUUAUUUUAAACCAUUGGAGUAAUUUUACUGUGAUCUUAAUGUAAUGUGACAGUCACGAAAUUUUUUUUUUUUUUUUUUUAAAUGCGUCUACGAAGAGGUCCGUUCUUCCAUUCUGUUUGUUUCGAUUCCAUUCAUCAAUGAUCAAUUGCUAAAUUCAGAACAAUAUGUUAAUUGUUCGUCUAAAUUCAAUAUCCUUACCCAAAGGGCCGUUUGCUUUCUGUUAGACGCACCCCGAAGAUUUUUGACUGAAUGGAAAUGGCUCUAAAAUGUGUGGUGGGUUGUUUUUUUUUUUAUAUAAAACCAGGAGCUUGUUGACUGGAGCAUUCAUCUGGUGUGCGUGUUUACUGUAUAAUCAAUCCUUUGUUCAUCAACUGGAUCUGCAAAACAGUCAAAAAGAUUUUGUGUGUGUGUGUGUGUGUGUGUGUAAUCACAAUUUAUAACUUAUUUGCCACUGUGCGUUUUACCAUGAAACCUUCUAAAAAUGUUUGGAUUCCUGAACGAAAUAAAGAAAGGUGGAGAAGAUGUGGAGAAGAAGAAAAAAAAAAAAGAAAGGAAAAAAAAGACUUGUGGAGCUGCUCAUUAAAAAUAAUCUUUUAGCAAUGUCCUUGAUACGGUUGCAUAUUUUAAUUACAACCCACAACCAUCCGUGCAUCCACUCAUCUUCCACACUGCUUGUCCAACACGGGGACACGGGAAGCCUAUCCCUGGGAACUUGGGGCACAAGGCGGGGGACAGCCUGGAUAGGGUGCCAACCUAUUUCAGGACACAAUUGCGCACACACACACACCCAUUCAUACACUACAGACAAUUUAGAAAUGCUAAUCAGCCUACGACGCAUGUUUUUGGACUUGCGGAGGAAACCGGAGUACCCAGAGGAAAUCCCCAAAGCACGAGGAGAACAUGCUGACUCCGUGCAUACAGGGCAAAGGCAAAUGUGCUAACCGCUAAGCCACUGUGUCACCCAUAACCAUUUAAAUGCAUCUUUUAUUUGCUUUUUUCUACCAAAUGCAUCCUCAAAAUGGUGAAUCACUUGUCACUGACUUCUAACUAAAUGCACAUUUUUUUCUGCUUACCGGGGAAAAUUAAAUGAUUGGUAUAUAAAAAAAAAUUGUACAAAGAAUCAAAUUUUUUCUUAUAUCCCUAGCAUAAAGAGCGAGGAAGCCACGCACCUGAACAAAAGCUGGGGAAAUUCUUGUUACUUAUGUGAUUGUAGCUCACAUAUUAAAUAAGUACGGUGUAUGUUAUGAGGAACUGACCCACCUAGCCUGGGAAGACAUUUCUCUGCAGUGCCGCUGUGCUAUCAACAGCGGUGUUGAACAGUCAACUUGGCUUGUUAAGCUCACAGCGAGGCAGCGUUAUUCGUGGUAGCGGCACUGUCUAUGUUUUUUAGUGUUUCUAUUUUGGCUUUGAAAAAUGCAAUGCAAAAAUUGUCAAGUGUUACUGUCAAGUAUACCUGUAGAUGGUCCAAACUGCACUGCAAUCAUCUGGCAGUUACGCCAUUUGGCUAACUUAUACAUGUUUUUGUGUCUGUGUUCAACACAAAUGCUAUUUUUGUCUGCAUGGGAGCAUCAUCAGAAGUGUGACUGCACAUGCCAGCUGCUUAGAGGGAACAGAGCUGAUCAGGUAGUUACUAAUAAAUCAACACCGAUCUUUGAUUGCUCACUCGUGCCAAUCAAGAACGUAAAAACCUGCUAGUGCAACCCUUUUUUUGUUGCAUCCUGCAGGAUCUCAGUCCUGAUGCACACUUCCAAUCUCAACCAGAUGCCCUGUGAACCUUUCUGGCAGGCGUUCUUAAAAAAAAACAAAUAGUAUGUGUCCUAUUUGUAUGUGUAUUUGAUCAGAUUAUCAUUGUCAGAUCUGUUCGUUCAGAAUAAAAUCAAUGUUCGGUUACA